AAGAAAGAAAACAGAGAAUGGCUCUUCCUGGAGAUCUCGACGCUCUCACAAAGGCUUUCUCAGGGUUUGGAGUUGACGAGAAUUCAAUAAUAUCGAUACUGGGGAAAUGGCACCCAGAGCAGAGAAAAUCCUUCAGGAAGGGAUUCCCUCAGUUCUUCAGGGAAGACAAACGCCUCUUCGAGAGGUGGGACGAACGCCAUAUCGCCUUCCUUGAGCAUGAAUUCUUGCGUUUUAAGAAUGCUAUGGUGUUAUGGACAUUGCAUCCUUGGGAAAGAGAUGCCCGUCUUGCAAAAGAAGCCUUGGCUAAGGGAGAUUACGAUAUUCUCGUCGAAAUUGCCUGUACCCGGUCGUCGGAAGAGCUCUUGGGGGCAAGGAGGGCUUACCACUCCCUCUUCGACCACUCGAUCGAGGAAGAUGUUGCAUACAGUGUCAAUGACAGCAACCGUAAUCUCUUGGUAGCACUAGUGAGCUCCUACAGAUAUGAGGGAGCACGAGUCAAUGAAGAGAUUGCUGAAACAGAGGCUAAGACCCUCUCUGAAGCCAUAAAAAAUGCUGAAAAGAGGCCUAUAGAGAAUGAAGAAGUAGUGAGGAUAAUAACAACCAGGAGCAAGCUUCAUCUCAAAGCAGUGUUCAAUUACUACAAGGAGAUAUCUGGCACCACAACUGAAGAGGAUCUGGAAGAAGGCUCAAGCUUGAGCUAUACAAUUCAGUGCAUUUCCUCUCCUAAAACAUACUUCAGCAAGAUACUGGCUUCAGCACUGAAAGGAAGUGCAGAUGAGAAAAAUAAGCAAGCUCUGACUCGAGUAAUUGUAACCCAAGCUGAUUCUUACAUGAAGGAGAUAUCAGAGGAGUACCAUAAGCAACAUGGAGUUUCCCUCUCACAGAAGAUUGAAGAGACAACCAAUGGGAACUACAAAGACUUCUUGCUUACCUUGGUUGCUAGGGGAGACUAAGAAAUACAGAACUGUCACCUUUCCAUAAGAAGCAGCUGAACAUGCAUUGUUUGAUUUUCCUAUUUCAUAUCUCAAGUCUAAUCAGGUUAAGCUGGUUGGUCAUAUGCAAUUCUGUGUGGUCUGUUGUGUUUCAUGCAUCAUCUGGUCAGCCAAGGAUGACCUCUUUUUUAAUAAAAGAGCUUUUUUACUGUGCAUGUUUAUCUGUAUGGAUAUCAAAUUCCCUGCAAAG